AUGGCCCACUCCAUACUCGCACACACCUACGAGCGUGGUUUCCGCCAACCAGCCAAAGACCCUCACUGGGUUCUUCCAGAGGGCCCGUUAGACGAGACUGGCGAUGACGCGGAAAGACAGUACGAGGUCCCUCCCUCGGUCGAGAUUGUCACCUCUACCCGUCACAAUGACCUCGGGACCAAUGUGCUGCGUGUGUGGCCGACGCUCCAUGACGGCACCGCCUCGCCACACGGAGUCCCAGCUUGGUGGACUCCACAAGAGAAGGUGGAUGUUUUGAUCUGCGGCGACGGCGUCCAGCCGCGCUUUCUGGAGACGCUGGCAACCUGGGGCCUGGCCUCAGAGGUGCAGGAAGAAGGACCGCUAAUUGAACGGACGGCCAUCUAUCACAAUGGUCAGCUCCUCCAUCACGGCCGCUCGCAUCAGUCCGAUUCCCGCUACCGCGGCUUGCAUGUCAUCACGCAGGGCCAGAUAGAGCGCAUCAUGGUUCGCGAUCUCCUGCGGCAUCGGGUGCUCGUCGAACGCGCCACGACGCUGAAGGAGUACCGCACCGACCCUGUGCUAGCAGCGUCUACGGACUCCUCCGUCUAUCCGGUGCGGUGCGUGAUUGAGGACGCGGAUGGGCGAGAGAAGGCCGUGCAGGCCAAGUUCCUGGUCGGGAGUGAUGGAGCGUCGAGUGCGCUUCGACGUCAGCUACAGAUUCCAUUUGACGGCAUCAGUACGGAUAUCUACUGGGGAAUUAUGGACUGCAUCUUCGAGACGGACUAUCCACAUGCGUGGAUCUUUGGUUCGGUGGUGAGUACGGAGCACGGUGGCUGCGUUAUCAUUCCCCGCGAGAAUGGCCUGUACACCCAGCUGAACCUCUCCCAAACGGGUCCACUGGCGGCCUCCCGACAAGCAAGAGAUCCCUCGUUCGCAGAGUCUGGCGGACAGCUAGAUAUCCACUCGAUCACUCCGGAAGAAGUCCUAGAGCAGGCAAAUCGCAUCUUCGCCCCGUAUAAGCUGUCCUUUGCAGCGCCACUCAGUUGGUUUGCCGUGUGGAAGAUUAGUGAGCGAGUGGCUCGUUCGUUCUCCUCCUCCGACCAACGCGUGCACUUGGUCGGUGACGCAGCACACGUGCACAGCGUCAUGGGCGCUUUCGGCCUCAAUGCAUCCAUCCUCGACGCCGCCAACAUCGGUUGGAAGCUCGGUCUCUGCGCAAAAGGCCGGGCCAAUCCGAGCAUCCUCCUUCCCACCUAUGACCGCGAGCGGCGUCUCCACGCUGCCAACAUCAUCGAGAUUUCCGGGAAGUACCUCCGCUUUGUGUGCAGCUCGAAUGUCCCCACGGCUCGUUUGCACUACCUCGGUGCCGAUUUGGGGCUGGGUGAGCUCGAUCCGUCCCGGAUUAACGGGUACAAGGACAGAGUCCAGGACCUUCAGCCGUCCAGCGAGGCAGUCUCUAUCUCCGUGGAGUCUAGUGACAAGGACCAGCGGACCGGCGCCGCGAGCUUGACACAAGAAGAGGCCAAGGCCUUCCUCCGGGACUUCUUCACUGAGCACGGACACUUUCUUCUCGGGGUGGAUGCCGCGUAUGGUACAAGUUGCUUGAACCCAUCGAUGCAACGCACCAAUGGCGUUCAGAAUGGCGCACUGCGCGCCCCGCCGGUCAAGGUGAAGAAUGGGGUGAGGGCUCCAAAUCCGCGGGUGUGUAUUGAUGCCAGUCACACUGGGUACCUGUACGACAAACUGCCUGGCGACGGCCGGUUACAUCUGGUCGUGUUCGGGUCGAAUCUUCUCGGCCCCGUCCGACGGCAGCUGAAGACCUUCACGGAUGCUCUAGGUGCACCCGGUGGGUUUUAUGCGCGGUUUGGUGGGCCCGAUAUGUUUAACACUGUACUUGUUGCCAAGGGCAUGCCAUUUGAGAUCGAUGAGAAUUUAUCGGUGGGCGAGGAUCUAGCUGCGCUCCGCGAUAAGGCUACGGUGCUGGCGGAUGAUCGCGCCCCAGACGACGACGCACACAGUACCUGGGGCGUCAAUCAUCGCACAGGAGCAGUGGUGGUUAUUCGGCCGGAUCUGUGGGUUGGGGUCAGUGUGGCGCCGGAGGACACUGAGACGUUGAGCUCCUACUUCGCUGCCUUUCUCGUAUCAAAGGAAUAG